CCUCAUGGUACAACCUGAAAAUUUAUAUUAUUGCAUCGUACAAUAACAAUCCAGGCGGUAAAAUAAAAUUGCUUCCAACAAACCACACAAAAUACAUCCACCAUGAAUGAGGAGAGCUGCAAAAUCUGUUUUAAUAAGAAUGCAAAGUACAACUGCCCGCGGUGUAACAUACUGUACUGCUCCGUGAAGUGCUACAAAUCGCAACAGCAUCUGGAAUGCUCCGAGGGCUUCUACCGAGAGAAUGUCGUGGAGGAGCUCGCUUUGCAGAAAGCGGAAGCCGACGCAUCAAAGUCCACCAAAUCCAUGCUGGAAAUAUUGCAACGAAUAGAGCAAACGGAUGCACAGCUCGACGAAGAAUCCGAUUCCGAAGGUGCCGCAUCCGACCCGGAAGGUGAUGGCGAAGAACUCGACUCAGAUGACGAGGCACAGGCGGACGAACUGGCCAACCGGUUGAAUGGAAUCGACUUGGACAACGCAGCCCAAGUGUGGGACCGUCUAACCAGCGCCGAAAAGGAAGAGUUUCAGCGGUUUAUCGAGAACGGCGAUAUAGCUAAAAUGCUGCCCGAGCCGACCAUUUGGUGGGCGCAAGAGUACAAAGUGGAUCUAGUCCAGCCAGCCGAGGUUCGAUCGCAGCAGGAAGCGGAGCUGCUGGAAGCGUGUCCAAAAGUAGUGAAAAACAUCCAAAAGUUGAGUGAUAUUUUGCCCAAUGCUCCUUCGCCCGCCGUACGCCACAACAUUGCAAAUGUGCUGGCCGCUUACACGUUCGUGUAUCGAUACUUCCUAGGAGAUGUACACGAAAACGCACUGGAGACGGUGGAUUGUUUGCUUAGCGUAUGUUUAAAUCUAAAAAGCAGUACCGUGUUCGAUACGGAACAAAUGGCUGUCACUUCCGUCAUAGGGGAGUGCUGCAAUCAGCAGCUGCCGACAGAUAAAGAAACAGCGGCCGUACUGAGAUCGGACGUGCAGAUACUGUUCGCUGGCCCGAAGGGAUGCGGCAAGCAGUACCGAAGGUUGUUUCUUCUGUCGGCUUUGUCGGACAUCCGCCAACUGCUGACCCAUGCAAAGCGCGAGCUAAAGGAAGUCGAUUCCAUAGCAAAGGAAAAAGCCACCACUGCACCCAGCAGUGCGAUGAACGUUGACGUGCCAGACCUUAAGCACGUGGAUGGUCAGCUGCUCAAAAACUGUAUCAAAAAGAUCGAUUUUUAUCUGGCCUACGCACGCUCGCAAUAUUUAUAAGACAUUUCGUGCAUAAAAUACAAAACAUCCGUUAUCAAAAUAUAA